CCGUACGUUGAACUGAAAUCGAAUUUACGAUGACAGCUCGAUUCCUCAACUCGACCGCAAAGCUCUUUUUCACCAAAACUCAUCUCGGUUGAGACACGUUGGGGAAGAACACGCAAGAUGCAGAUUUUCGUCAAGACCCUUACGGGCAAGACCAUCACCCUUGAGGUCGAGCCGUCAGAUACUAUCGAAAAUGUAAAGGCUAAGAUCCAGGACAAGGAGGGAAUUCCCCCAGAUCAGCAGCGUUUGAUCUUCGCCGGCAAGCAGCUGGAAGAUGGCCGUACCCUGUCGGACUACAACAUCCAAAAGGAAUCGACGCUGCAUUUGGUGCUCCGUCUGCGUGGUGGUAUCAUCGAGCCAUCUCUGCGUAUCCUGGCCCAGAAGUACAACUGCGACAAGAUGAUCUGCCGCAAGUGCUACGCCCGUCUGCAUCCGAGGGCCACCAACUGCCGAAAGAAGAAGUGCGGCCACACCAACAACCUGCGCCCCAAGAAGAAGCUGAAGUAAACGGUACGACGGCCAGGGGUAUUAUUUUUUAUUGUUUUUCUUUCGUUCCGUGGGAGGGAAUUUUCCACUUCAAUUUCCUUCACCUAGUGGAGUAAUUCAUCCGGUUUAUGAAUAAUUGAUUGAAGAAAACUGUGGAAUUACACAAUAUAAAAAUGGUGAAAAAUC